AUGCCUCGUGGAACUCUUGAAGUUGUUUUGAUCAGUGCCAAAGGCCUGGAAGACAAUGAUUUUCUCACUAGCGUAGAUCCUUAUGUGAUCCUUACUUACAGAGCACAGGAGCACAAGAGUAAUGUGCAAGAAGGUGCUGGAUCCAAGCCUCAAUGGAAUGAAACCUUUCUUUUCACUGUUUCUGAUUCUACUUCUGAGCUCAAUCUAAAGAUAAUGGAAAAGGACACCUAUACUGAUGAUAAUAUUGGAGAAGCAAUAAUUCCUUUGGAUGCUGUGUUUGAAGAGUGUAGUGUUCCUGAGAGUGUUUACAAAAUUGUGAAAGGAGAAGAAUAUUGUGGUGAGAUUAGGGUAGCUCUCACUUUUAAACCUGAGAGAAUUCAAGAACGGGGUUACAAUGAGGAAAAGGAGAGUGGUGGAUGGAAAGAAUCAGCUAGAGAAUUUUGA